AAAUAUUUUAACUCAAUGAUAUUUGUUCGCUCUUUCCCCUCAGGUGCCUACCCUCGACUGUCUCUGAGCUUCAAGCUGAAGAGGAACAUCGGAUACUUCAUCCUGCAGACGUACAUGCCAUCGAUCCUGAUUACCAUCCUCUCCUGGGUCUCCUUCUGGAUAAACUACGACGCUUCGGCAGCCAGAGUGGCUCUAGGGAUCACCACGGUGCUGACCAUGACCACGAUCAACACCCACUUGAGAGAAACUCUGCCCAAGAUCCCGUACGUCAAGGCCAUCGACAUGUACCUGAUGGGCUGCUUCGUCAUGGUCUUCCUCGCCCUGCUGGAGUACGCUUUCGUCAACUACAUAUUUUUCGGGAGGGGUCCCCAGAUGCAGAAAAAGCUAGCGGAGAAGGCGGAGAAAGCUAACAACGAGAAGGCGGCUAAGUACGACGCUGCGAGGGAGGCAGGUAGUAGGACCGCAUCCCUAAAGCGGUCCAAUCAGAUUAAAGGUCUUCGCCACUCACGCUCGGCGGAAGCUCACGGCCACGGGAACAUCCUGCUCACCACCCUGGAGAUCCAUAACGAGGUGGUGGGAGGCGAGAUCACCACCAGCCUGGCGGACAUUAGAAACUCUCAGUCUAUGGUGCAGUUGGACAGCCAAGCCUCGUCGCACAUCCAGUACCGAAAGCAGAGCGGAGGCAUCGGGCCGCGCUCCGCCAGCCGACACUCCCUGGACCGCGCCGCGCAGAUCAAACGCAGUCGUCUGCGCAGGCGGUCCUCGCAGCUCAAAAUCAAAAUCCCCGACCUGACGGAUGUGAACGCCAUCGAUCGCUGGUCACGGAUCAUCUUCCCCUCCGUUUUCUCACUGUUCAACCUCAUCUACUGGCUCUACUAUGUCUGAUUGGACUGUUUUGUUUGAUAUGUUUGUUGUUGUUUUUAUUUUCAUCUUAAUCUUCCUUUUUUUCUGUUGCUUUUAUACAUGAUGGCAUCUGUCGAGGUAAAGACUGCAACACAGGACAAAAAGAAAAACUGACUGAGAGAGAAAACUGAGUUUUGGACCAAGUUCUUGUCAAAAUUGUUUUUAUAUUUGCAGUCUUUGAAUCCUUAGUACCAUCGUCUUUUUACUUUCUAAAGUAUGUACUGUAAUUGGGACUUGUGACAGUCAUUUCCCAACAUGUGCGCUCUCAGUAAUGUGUAAAUAGAGAGAUACAAAGCCAGCAAUUGAAUACAUAUAUUUCAGUAUUUGCAAAAACCCAAUAGAAGUUAACAAAAUGAUUUUUUCUAAUUAAAUAUAAUUAAGAAUACUUUAUACACAGGUGGUCAGAUAAAUGCAGGCAAUUCCUAAAAGUCCAUUAAACAAACUAAUGUAUGUUUGACUGGUACCCUAUGCACUAUUAAUGCAUGUAAUGAUCAACCAUAGUGGGAAAACAAUGACUUUUGCCUUGGAUUUUGACACAACUUUACAGAAGACUCUGUGGAUUUGUAUUUGUUUAUAGCGUUGAUUAUAUACUUGCUAAUGUCAUGCAAUGAUCUGGUAAACUUUACCCAAACACAAUUAUUUAAAGUGGAGGACUUUCUCCUCCGUUCAGGAUGACUGAGACUCAGGUUCUGAAUCUUUUGCUAUUUGACAUCUUGUCACUGAAAUAUCCUUUUUUGGUCAUUUGAUAAGGAAACAAAAGCACAAAUAAGAAUAAAACUGCCAUUUUUCACUUUGACCUUCGAGCAACAGCGCUUCAAGUGAUAGCAUGACAGAAUUGCACUCAAAUUUAAAUACUUCCUCUGAAAAAAAAACAUCUUACUUUAAUUUACAACAACUGCCAAGGGCCUUUUGGGCGACACGGUUCCUCAACCCAUGAGAUAUUAUGAUAUUUUUGUACUCUGUGUCUUCAGGUAUUCGAUUGAUUUUCCUAUCCCGUGUUUUAUUUAUAUUUUUGCUCGACAACGUUGUGGUGAAAGAGUGGAGGAAUGAAACCAUUUAUUUUGUAAAUAAGUACAUAAUUGUGUAUAUACAUAAGUGUAUAUAUACUGUGUGUACAACCCUGAAUUGAAAAUGAUAUGAGCAUUUUGUGAUUGUCGUUCUGGCUUUAAACCGUCAGAGCAUUUAAUGGUAAGAAAAAAGACCAAAAAAACGAAUUCACCAACAGCUUCAAGCAUCACUUAGUUUUUGUGGGGCACUCUGAAUAUCUUCUCAAACAUCCGACAUUGUUGAAGUCUGCUAUAGAAACUGCGUAUGUUCACCCUGCAUUUCAGAGUUACUGUACGCUCCGUUAUACAGCAGCACACCCAUUUGGAUUUCAUUGAUUUGCAGACUUAUUGUCGACUAAUAAGCACAUACUAGCGCUGAAUGUAUCAGGUCCAUUCUUCAGGGAGAGGAUAAUGAGCCAUGGUCAUCACUUCUCCAUCAGAAUGUAACACGCCCAUUCUUACGAGUGUUGUCGAAACAGAGGGGAGGGAUUUUAAGAGUGUGUGCAUGUGCAUGUGUGUAUGAGAGAGAGAUGGGGAAUGGAUAAGGAGAGCUUGAGAUAGGAAGGGCGUGGGUAGACCAUAUAUUUUCUGUGCUGCUUGCUCGACUGUGGACAAAUGUCAACGUGUAAUAGUUUUGUGGAUAAAAAUAGCUCUCCUGUCCCACUCCUUUUGAUAAACUGUGUGCCAUUCCACCUAAGGUCGCAGAGCAAUCACCCAUAACCCAUGGACGAUGAUGUACAUUUGUCAUAGAUACAGUUACAUACAGUGUACGAGAACACGUGAAAACAUUCCUACUUGAUAAGUUCAGCGAUGGGGUCAAUUUAUCAAACAGAUUGUAAAGUUGUAUGUGUACAGACGGAUUGAUAUAUGACUUAGAACUGAAUGUAUUGUACUUGGAUUGUUGCUUCACAAAUGCAAUUUUCUUUCUGGAAACAGGAUUGACCUCAACUCUGAUUAAUUAGGGCUUUAGUUGAUUCCCAUUCGAGCGACCCCGAGUUUAUCGCUGGUGACUGCCCUGUUUUCUACUGUGUAGACGGGGCGCAGUGCACAAAGGACCUGGGUCCAAGAAAGAAGAAAGCGACAUUAUUAAAUAAAAACAUUCUAUAUAUUAUAAGCCAAAACACUUUGCGAAAGGUGUGUUCAGAAGAGUGUUCACCUUGCGUACAACUUUGUGUUUAUUCGCCCAAAACCGCCAAUGUAUCGUUCACGGUCAGUUAGCUAGAAAUGGACGAUCUUUCAUUUACUUCCCUCUCGUCUCAGAAUUGUUUCGUUCUGUCUGAACACACAGCAAAAGAGUUUGUUUGACAAAAGCACAAAGCAAUGUUUCUUGAUCUCAUGCAUUCACGCUUGUUACGGCAUUGGAAGCUGUUUGUCCAAAAAGCCAAGCGAGGAAGAACGUCCGAAUUGAAUUUCACAACAGUUCAGCUUCAGUGCUGUGUAAAUAAGAUAUAAUAAUAAUAAUACAGAUUUCUGAAACACUGAAGCUAGAAAAUAACUGUUUUACUUCCUGGCUUUUACUGCUUCACUUUGAUUUAAUCAAUUACUUUAGUCUGCAGCUGUACGAGUCGUUAUUUUAAUUACCGAACAACAGCCUGCAGGUGAAAGAGAGGAGGAGACGGAAACUCUUGAUACUUGUUUAUCAUGCAUGCAACGACAAUUCGUGACUUUAAAAAAAUAAAACUCACUCAUGAGAGCUGCCAACUGCUCAUUUUAGAAAUAUAAUGCCAUGUGAGCCUACGAUAAAAAGUUAAAAAAAGCAACAAAAAAAAGAGUCAUCAAAGACUUCAGGUGUUGUAUGGCCUUGGUCCCAUAUUGGAAUGUGAAAUGUUCUGUGCUGCCACAAAAUGUAUUUAGGCUUAGAUUUCUACCGUAUAUCUCUGUGUGUUUCUCUUCCUUUUUCAAUAGAUUAUCAUGUUAAACCAUCAAAUAAAUUAUAUACAUUGUUCCUGUGUAUUUGGUAUUGCGAGCAUGCAUGACACUGUAAAUAAUCUGUACACGUAGAGCAAGACACAAUGAACAGCCAUUUUGAAUAGCAUUUUGAUAUGCCUGUACAUAUCCCAAUAUAUUUGGAGAAUGUCCCAACUCUUCAGGUGCCCUUGAGCAAGGCACUGUCUUGAACCCUUUCUGUUUCAGUGCAACUACACAGAAGACGUUUCACUCGACUCCCAGUUGGACAUCUUUUGUGUAUGAAGUGAACUUUCUCAAUGUGUGCCAGAGUGUUGGUGAAAAAGAGUACAUUAGUUCCCCGGAUAAAUAAAGAUUGGACAAGAAAGACA